AUGACGACUAGCAUUCCCUUGUCCAAUAACUUGAAUAAAUCCAACUACCGCGAAUCGAUAGUGUCGAACUUCAAGAAGAGAUCCACGUUGUACGCCCUCGUUGCCCUGUCGCUCCUCAAUGUAUUCCUCCUCACGAACACCCUUUACAGGGCCCGAAGUUCAGGACCAAAGGAUUCAACCAGAACUGCACAGAUAAAUCCUUUCCAUCUGCCGGGAAAUGUGAAUGCGAGUGAAACCGAAUUCAUCAAACCUGAGAAUAUUAUCAUUAGCGGCUUUGUAUUCUAUGGCCGUCGGGAUCGUGUCGAGGCAAUGCGCUGCUAUGUGGAGGUUUGGUUAGCCGACGAUACCAUUCCUCGAAUCGUUGACCGGAAAUUAAAGCACCCCAACGAUUUCGCAGUCUCAGCAAACAUCAUCAACAAUCCCCCAUUGAGCUUCAUCCACUACCAUGUUGGCGCUCUCCAUCCGUAUUUCCCUGAAUUGGCCAAUGGCAAACCAUCCACAAAGGUCAGCGAUAAUAAAUCAUGGAAACCUUCUGAUCACCCGCACUGGGAAGGACCUGAUAAGUUUGAAUGGGCCCUGGAUGCCGCCCCGCCCGCUAAAGGCCAUCGGUGGUUGCGUGUGAAAGACGACAAAGCUAUUGUUCGAACCCCGGUGACGCACCUCAAAUAUGAAGUAUGGGGCGAUACCUAUACUAGUUGGGCCAUCGCCGCCCAGCAGCACUAUUCAUUUUUAGAAAACUUGGAGAAAAAUCAGCUUGACCUUUACAAAUUUAAUCUCCCCUGGAACAUGGAUAACGAACGAAUAAGAAUCAAUGUCCUUGCCAUUUGGGCAGACGAUAUACUCGAUAGCGAUAUUGAUACCUGGCCAAAGGAGAGAAGUGAUGAAGAAAUGGUUGUUAUGGAGCUUCCCAAGCUUUAUAGUCGACGGAACGCGCGUGUCCUCCGGGGUCGAAACCAGUUUCCUAGUAGACCCAAUACAUCUACGGAUCUUUUGCAGCUCACCACCGUAGUCGCCCAGCUGACAAAAUACACCGCAUCUUCUGGCUGGCCCCAUACCGCCCUCCCUCUUAGUGAAAGGGCCAGGAUUGCCGCAGCAGCAAAUUGCAUCGAUAAAACUUCGAUGCGAAAAUGA